AUGGAGAAGGCAAUAAGUAGCUUAGAAGCACCUCUAGUCACAACCUCUAAUAGUAAUAAUAAUGAUAAUAAUAAGAGAGAAGGUUUCAAGGUUUUGCUAACAAGUGAGGUUAAGAAGCAGGUGUACUUAGCAGGGCCUCUCAUUGUGGGGAGCCUGAUGCAGAACAUGAUCCAGAUGAUAUCUCUAAUGUUUGUUGGUCAUCUUGGUGAGCUCUCCCUCUCCGCCGCUGCCUCCGCCGCUUCUUUCACCGCAGUCACCGGUUUCAGCUUAUUGUUUAGGGGAAUCUUUUCACCGAUGGACAGCUCCGUUAAUCCUGUGUUUGCCCAGACUGGUUUGCGGAUUGCAGGCAUAUCGCUUCUCCGCUUGCAUGGCGGGUGUUGUUUUAUGGUAUCGAUCCCAACUUUUCUCAUUUGCUGUGUGGAAUGGGGGGCUACUGUCUCCUCUCAGAACGUAGUUCCUCUCAACAACUACCGGCAGUGUAAAUGCGCUCGCGAUGUAGCAUGGGCUGUCGCAGAUAGGGAAUGGCAGAAGCGAUCUGGCAUACAUUAUGGGGAGUCGUACGAGCGAAGACAGAUAAUAGAUGCUGCGGAUACUAAGACGAGCGAGUGCUCAGUGAUCACGCUCGAUGCGUACGACUCGCGUUUCUAUUGCAAGUCCGAUCCUCGUUCUAUGCGGUUCCAAAAAUAUGCGAUGAGAUUGGAAUGGUUUCCAGAGGGGUCUGGAGAUGUUAAGACGGGCUUCAUCAAACUGCCGUUCUCGGCUACGAUGGUUUUGCCAAAUGCAUUUUGUUUCCUCAGCCUUAACUCUUCUUCCAUGGUAUUUAUGCUCCCUUUUGGUCUUGGUGCCGCAGUAAGUACGCGUGUUUCAAAUGAACUCGGUGCUGGACGACAUGAUGCGGCACAGAUCACUGUAUAUGUAGGUUUAUUCUUAGCCCUUUUAGAAGGCUUAAUAGUGGGACUGAUCCUGAUUUUGUUGCGCAAAAUUUGGGGUUAUGCAUAUAGCAAUGAAGAAGAAGUUGUGAAUUACAUGGCAAUUAUGUUGCCAAUUCUUGCAAUAUCCAUUGUUUUGGAUGCAAUUCAAGCUGUGUUAUCAGGGGUUGCUAGAGGAUGUGGUUGGCAAAAGAUUGGUGCUUUUGUUAAUCUUGGAACUUAUUACAUUGUGGGUAUUCCUACAGCUGUUGUAUUAGCAUUUGCUCUUCAUUUUGGUGGAAAGGGUCUUUGGACGGGAAUCAUAUGUGGCACCUUCUUGCAAGUGUUGGUGUUUUUAACUAUUAUCCUAUACACUGACUGGGAAAAUGAGGGAAGGAAGGCAAAGAAUAGGGUAUUUAGCUCGACUAUUGCCACAGAUAUGAGGAUAUGAUAUUUGUACCAAAAUUUAGUUGGUGUGAGAUAAUUAAAGAUAAA